UCCCCACUUCCGGCCCAGAGUAUAGGCCUGAAAGAGAGCCUGAACUGUGCAAUCGAGGAUUAGAACCACGAAGGAAGCGGUUCUCCUGCCUGGAAAGGAAGGGAGCGUCUCUCUUCACAGGCCUCGAAGCCACACAGUUGCUUUAGUUCUUAUUUUAAGAGGAAAGAUGGAGCUUAUAAAUACAGAAUCUUUUGUGAGUCCUUUAAAGGGAUUUUUGACAUUUCCAUCAGGAACCCAAGUAACGAAAAGUAAUCCCUUCCUUUGUAAAUUAGAUGAUAAACCACGCUUGUAUGUCAUUGGCAGUAUUUCAAAAGUGAACAAGAAAAUUGCUCAUUUAGAACUGGGACUGAAAAGAUAUGACAGUAGCGAUGUAGUGAUUGAUGAUACAGCACUGAAAAAACGUGCCCUGAAAAGGGGUGUUAAAAAAGGGAAAGGGGUGAGCAAAAUAACAGAGAAAGACCAGAAGGGGACACAAAAGUUGAGUAGCCAUAGCUCAGAAACUAAUUCUCCAAUAUCUCCAAGAAAAAUUGCUCUUAAAAAGGUUAUGGUCGAAACAGAUAAACUGGUGGAGUUAUUUGAGUACCCAGGAUACUCUCAUGAAGAAACAACACCACUGCCAAAUGGGGUAGAGCUAGAUGACAUUUUGGAGAAGGUGAUUCGGGCCCAGAGAAAAACAUCAGUUGCCCAGACAAGCUGGUCACUGAAAAUGCUGCGCAAGUUUCUCAGUGCUCCAUGCAUCCGAGCUAUUGUGCUGGACAGUUUCUGGUGGCAGUUUCUACAACUGUAUCGUCCAAAUAAAGAGAUUCAAGGACAUUUAUUCGAACGCAUUGCAGAAAAUUAUUCCCGCAUUCUCUUGGGCUGCCACAAGGUUUCCAACCGGGAACACAUCCUUAUAUUUUUCCCAUCAAUAUUGAGUCAAGCUGUGUAUACCUGCUUCUGCUACUGUUUCUCAAGGUCCUGGUUCAAUACCCCAGAAUUCAAGGCCCAGCUCUGUGAUGUAUUCUCUGAGUGGUUUGGAGGCGUCCGACAUGCUCCAGGGAGCUACAAGAAAUGGAAUUACUCCAAACUGGAACCAGAGCGGUCUAGGAGAGAAAAUUUGCUCUCAGGAAAGGCACAGUUGAGGACUGGCAGCGCUGUUUCCUUUACUAGUGACACAUUUUCUCGUGCUUUGCAAUUCCAAAAGAGGGGCAGAUCUCCAGGGAAGUCCACUAAAAUGACCAAGAGAACACCUUCUGGGCAAAAAAAUCAGCAUCCCAAAAAAGAAGAAGAUGCCUUUUCUAAAUGUGUGUCAAGUGAUUACUACCUUAAAGAAGAUGAGCAGAAGGAUUCAUGGACCAAACAGCAGAGCUCACAAAAAACGAAGAAACUGAAGAUUUCUUUGAUUCCUCGAGAGUCACACCCAGCCUGUCCCGGUCCUGAAUUCGUCUGGCAUCGCUUUAAUAUUGGUGGACGCAGCCCAUUAAUUGAACGCUUUCUUGAAAAACGACAUGCUCUGUCAAAGGGAGGAUGUGAGAUCUUCUUGCCUAGGCGGGAAAUCUGCAAGCCAAUACCAGAGUCUGCUCAGACUUAUGCGGAAGUGGUCAAGGAAGGUUUUAAUAUGCUCUGCCAGAGGCACAAGGCGUUCAGAAGGACAUAUCUGAAAAAUCGGAAGGAAAUGAGGAGUUUUGAUAAACAGUUUAAGGCUAACCAAGAACUUUUCAGGCAAGAGAUGCAGGAAGAGAUAAAAAGAAGACAGGCCCAAAAGCAGAAAGAGUCAUUCACUGCAGAAGCACUGGCUAGUUCAGAAAAGAUUACAACCCAUUUCUCAAAAGUCUCCUUUGUGUUACAAUAGUUUGAUGUAUAUGGCCUGUAACACUUCUUAAUUCCUAUUUUGAAUUGAAUUAAAGUAUCCCUGAUUAAAAUCAGAUUGUAAAUAUUUGAGAUUGGUUUUUGUAAAUUAAUUUUAGUCUUAAUUUAUAGAAAGAAUAUAUUUUUAAAAGAUUUUAUAUAAAUAUAUUGCUGAUUUGAAACAUUCGUUCCCCAAAGACAAUAUAAGAUGGUGCUCUCAAACUGUAGUUGAUAUGUGGUUUCAUUAAGAAUCAAAAUUCUAAAAAAGCCCAAGAAAAAAAUGUUGCCAGCAUUUUUGAGGAAUCAAUGGCACCUUAUGUUUCUUAUGUCAAAAUGUGUUUACUCUGGAAAGGUACCUUACCAUACUUUUUAACUUCUAAUUCUGCUUCUGUUUCAGAAAAUUAUGCCUUCUUCGUAUUUUCCUUUGCCACAGAAACAGUUCAUUUUUAAAAAACAAAGAUAGUCUAUGGUGGUAUACAAGUUAUGACAUACAUAGUUUUUAAAAAUCUCAAAUAUUCUUUCAAAAACAUUUUUUCACACAUACCAUAUAUUAUGCUCAUGUAAAACCAUUUUUGAUUCAUUGAAACAAUCUUAAAUUGUCAGUACAGCAGAGUCUCACUUAUCCAACCUUCUCUUAUCCAACGUUCUGUAUUAUCCAACCCAGUCUGCCUCCCGCCCGGAUCCACAACUGUUUCAAUACAUUACGAUGUUUUGAUGCUAAAUUCGUAAAUACAGUAAUUACUACAUAACAUUACCAUGUAUUGAACUGCUUUUUCUGUCACUUUGUUGUAAAACAUGGUGUUUUGCUGCUUAAUCUAUAAAAUCAUUACGUAAUUUGACAUUUAAUAGGCUUUUCCCUAAUCCCUCCUUAUUAUCCAACAUUUUUGCUUAUUCAAUGUUCUGCUGGCCAGUUUAUGUUGGAUAAGCGAGACGCUACUGUAUAUGCCAUAUAUAGAGAAUUAUAAAACUAAACACGACACUGCUUCAGUUCAAAGGAACUUUAUAUUCCCUACAAAAA